AUUUGCAUGUUUAUACUUGCUUUAGAUUGAAAACGAGCCCGUUAGAAACUUCAAAGCGUCAGCUGCACUUGGUUUUCAAUCAAGUCACCAAGUUUUUGCUAGUUUUUCCGCGCUAGCGUUAGCUUACACUAGCUUACCUCGGCUAAAACCUGCUAGCAUGGUCAGCCAAUAACUUAGUAACAAACUGCUAAGACUUUUAGUUUAAUAUCUGAUCUCUCGCCAUUAAGGCUGGAAAGAAUAAAGCUGAAACGCUGCGCCACUUGACAGAGAGCUGCACUGGGUCUUUGUCGAUCCAGGCUGCCUGAAUGAAUGGAGGAGAGCCGACGGUUGAUCCGAGAGGGCGGCGAGACGAAGCAGCGGACAAAAUGUGUUCAACUUCAGCAACGCGCUGUGUAAAGUUAACAGAGGAUAGACCAUCCGUGGAUCAUCUACUUUGAAGGGUUUCCCACCCCGUCAUCCACCGACCGAGCUCCACCAACAGACGUUUUCGCUGGACGUCGAGUAGAUUUCUUUUUCUCAUGUGUGCAGCCAGCAACAGGUUAUUUACAGCUUAGCACGGCGUCCAACUUGCAGCCGUACCUCCGUGGUUAUUAGACCUGUGCUAACUUUUCGGUGGUUGAAACCGAGGGAUGUUUUUAUGCCACUCUUCUCCGUGCAUUCACCGUGAUGUGAGUUGCAGCUUUUUGCUCGCCACCGGCCAGAUCCUACAGGCUGAGAGCACUGCGUUUUAGAGGAGGGCGACGGCAGAAAUGGGAAGAAUAUGAGAAUGCCAUAGAGAAGACUGCGAAUUAAACACUGCUGGUUAAUUAGCACUGAGCCUGCCAUCCCGACAGACGAACCUGCGAGGAGCUGCUGUUGGUACGGGGGCUUCAUCAAGAAGCAUUGCAUGCAUAGAUGGUGCCAAACAAGUGGACCAUGAAUUCAGUUCUGCACAAAUCGCCACCAAGGAGCUGGCUUGGUCUCAGAUUACGACUCAACGACAAGCCCGUCCAGGAGGAGGACUGGGUGGUGUGCCAGCACCCUGAGUGUCCUGAGCGCCGGAGGGCCUCUAAGGUUUGCCACCACCCAGACUGCCUAGACCUGAAUAGCAAAAGCCCCCUUCACCUGUGUGAGUCAUGUGACUCACGCUGCCAUUCAGAGAACACGGACAACAUGCACUUUGACCGGCACCCCCGAUUUGACUUACAACCGCAAGCCUCCAUCCUGGCUCGGAACGUGUCCACACGCUCCUGUCCCCCGCGCACCAGCCCCCCCUCCGACCUGGAGGAAGAGGAUGAGGGGGGCAACGACCGCGGGGAGCGUAAAACAGGAGGAAUGAAGUUGGUGAAAAAGAAGCCACGGAGACGACACACUGAUGACCCCAGUAAGGAGUGUUUCAGUCUAAAGUUUGAUCUCAAUGUGGACAUAAACACAGAAAUUGUGCCUGCAAUGAAAAAGAAAACCCUGAGAGAGGUACUGGCUCCGGUCUUUGAGAGGAACGGCAUUGAGCUGUCUCGGGUCGACUUGUUCUUGGAUCAGUCCAACACGCCGCUGUCCCUCAACUUCGAGGCCUACCGUUUUGGAGGACACUACCUCAAAGUCAAGGCACGGCUCGGUGAUGAGCUGAAGGUGGAGCAGGGUGUGAAGGACUUGCGGUCGCUCAGUCUGCCCAACAUGAAGCCCUCUGCAGGUCAGAGCCCCUACAUCCUCACGCCAGGCAGCGAGAGGGUGGAGCACGGGUCUCUGGGACGCAGAGAAAGCGUCGAUCUGUUGGGUCAGGCGAGACGGAGGAAGAACAUGACAGAGUUCCUCGGGGAGGCGAAUAUUCCUACCCCGGAUGCUCUGGGACAAAUCGGUGGCUCCCUGCCCAGCGUUGGGGCCGGGCCUGACAGCUGGAAGAACCGCGCUGCCAGCCGCUUCAGUGGAUUCUUCAGCUCCAACGCUGGAGCAGGACCCUUCGGCAAGGAGUUGGACCGUCUGGAGCAGCUCCAGAGCAAACUCCACUCCUACGUGUUGUUCGGGCUGCCCAAGGUGCCACGACAGCUCUCCUUCCACCAGGACUCCUGGGAGGGGGACGGGGAGGAGACCAACCUGGCCAUGGAGGACAGCUGGCAGAUGCUGCUGGACAACUCAGAGACGUUGACGAGGCGACAGUUCCACCAGCAGGAGGCGAUAUGGGAGCUGCUGCACACCGAGGCGACCUACAUCAAGAAACUCAGAGUCAUCACUGAUCUGUUCCUGUGUGGGCUGCUGAACCUGCAGGAGAGCGGCCUGCUGACCGAGGUGGAGCCGGCCAAACUGUUCAGCAACAUCCAGGAGAUUGUGCGCCUCCACACAUCCCUGUGGAACCAAGUCAUGCUUCCUGUCCUGGAUAAGGCCAGGCAGGCCCGGGCUCUGCUCAACCCCACUGACCUGCACGAUGGCUUCACAACGUUUGGCUCCAGGUUCCAGCCCUACAUCCAUUACUGCAUGGAGGAGGAGGGCUGCAUGGAGUACAUGCGCACGCUUCUCAGGGACAAUGAGCUCUUCAGGACCUACGUCACGUGGGGAGAGACGCAUAAGCAGUGUAACCGUCUGAAGCUGGCCGACAUGUUGGCGAAGCCCCACCAGAGACUGACCAAAUAUCCACUCCUACUGAAGAGCGUUCUCAAGAAGACGGAUGAGCCGUCGGCCCGCGACAUGCUCAACAACAUGGUGGCCGCAGUGGAGGGCUUCAUCAACAGCGUGGACUCCCAGAUGCGACAGCGUCAGGAACAACAGAAGCUGGCCACCAUUUCUGCCCGUAUAGACUCCUACGAGGCCGUGGAGGGCAGCAGUGAAGAAGUGGAGAAGAUCCUCAAGGAGUACAACCGCUUUGACCUGAUGGCUCCCAUGAGGGGAACAUCACCAGAGGAGACUCGACAGCUGCAUCUGGAGGGAGCUUUGAGGAUGAAAGAAGGCAAAGACAGUAGGAUGGAUGUCUAUUGUGUCCUGUUCACUGACCUGCUGCUAAUUACCAAGCCGGUGAAAAGAGUGGAGAAAGUCAAAAUCAUCCGGCAGCCUCUCCUCAUUCACAACGUCGUCUGUAAGGAGCUCAAGGACCCCGGCUCGUUCAUCCUCAUCUACCUCAACGAGUUUAAGAGUGCAGUGGCAGCCUACACUUUCCAAGCCAACAGCGCCGCCCAGGGGCGAAGCUGGAUCGAUGCAAUCUGCAACGUGCAGAACCAGCUGCAGAGGCUCCGCACUGAGGAGGUCCUCCGGCAGCAGAACAGCCUGAAGAGAUGUACGCAAGGUGAGGAAGAAGAGGAGGAGGAGGAGGAUGAGAGCAGCAACUCCACCACAAGUUCCCCAGGCCUGAGGCACAAAGACCAGCAGAACUCAAGUCAAUCAGAUGGUUCCACUGAGACCCUGUCAGUGAUGGACAUUGAUGAACCAGGUGAUCGCCAGGAGCCUCUUGCACCCAACACGAACCUCGAGGGAAUCACUAAAAAAGACCCUGAAUUGGCUGAAAGGUCUGAGGGUCAGCAGUUUCAGUCCACGAGACCCUGCAGAGUUCAAACCGGUGUUUACUCUGAGUGCGAUCAGGAGACAGGGCCUGAUGGCGAGGAGCUGGACCCCCAGAGUCGCUCUCUCUCCAUGGACAGCGCCUACGGUACCCUCUCACCUGAGUCCCUCAUGAGAGAACUUCAGCCACAGCCCGGCCAAAGUGAAGGAGAGGAGACCGAGGAGGAAGAGGGAGACAGGGAGGGCGAGGAGGUGGAACAAGAAGAGGAAAGAAUAGAGGAGGAAGGAGAGGAGGAGGAGGAGGAGGCGGAGGAAGGGGAGGAGGAGGAUGCUGCCUCACUGGGGUCCCAGCUAUCAGUAGUCCAGUCCUCUAAACCUCGCCGGCGGCCUCACGUUCAGCCACGACCCCACUGCCUCCAGAGGCUGUCCAGUCUGACCUUAUCUCGCUCUGAGGACAAUCUGCUGCAGCGCUUCCACGGAAAAACGCCCAUAACCCACACGCACUCUCUCAGCUCUGAGAUGCAGGACCAGUCAAAAUGUGGGGACGUGGACACAUCGCCGCUGGCACACAGUAGAAGCCUAUCAGAGCUGGGACAAAACGGCCUGGAGCUGUUUUCCAGUGACCUCGACCAGUCCGACGACUGCUUGAGCAUGAGCAUGCCCGCUGACAAACUCUGUGCCACCCUGAGGAGGGCGGAGGCCAGGCACGGCCACAAGGCGCCCGCUGUGGAGAGCAGUGAGUCUCAGAGCAACGGCUCGGACGGGGAAACGGCCCCAUCUGCCUGCGUAGGCGAGAAAAACGAGUCAGCAGCCACCGGUGGUCGAGGGGAAGUGUCACCCAAGAAGAGGAAAUCACCAGCCCAGCAGCACAAGAAGCUGACGCUCGCCCAGCUGUACAGGAUACGCACCACUCUCGUCCUCAACUCCACCCUCACUGCAUCGGAGGUAUAACCACUCUUCAAACAGCUGACCGGUGGCAUGUGGGCAUGAUAAGGAACAACUCUUGUUUUGUUUCGAUGGACUGAACUUCUUGAGACACAAAUGCACUCUCUCUUUCUGCCCCCCUCCCUUCCUGUUGGACACUGAUCGUACCAGUUUUCCAUUGGAACAAUAACAGUCCCUUUUUUCCCCUCCCCUUUGGUUUCUGAAUUUUCUCGCGUGGAAGGGGGAGGCAGAGAGACACGUUAACUGCUUGCACUUUGCAACAGAAGUAGCAUAACGGGGGCGGCCGGGACCUUGAGGUGGACUGUAAGACGUGGAAGUGCUGCUCCUGCAGAGAGACCAGACAUCCAGGCUGAGGGUUUACGACCCCACCAAUGCACCGGAGAGGAGGCCAAGCUGAAUCCUGAAUCUCCUCCAUCUCUGUUGAGUACAAAAGAGGGACACUAAGUCACGUGGUUCAAAAAAAAAAACAGCACCUGGGACGUCCUCCUAAGAUUUGUACUACUCCUGGUUUGCUUCAACAAUAUAAAAAAAAAAGAUGAAAAUUGCACAGUUAUGUAUGUUAAGUAUAAGAAUCACUAAGGAGUGAAUUUACAUUAACAGUCACACAGUGAAUCUGAAUUUAUUGUUUGCUGUUUGUGUCUGCUCGUGUACAGGUGUGUGUGUGUGUGUGUGUGUGUGUGUGUGUGGAUAUGAAUGAAUGUGUGUGCUUGAAUGAUACACGGUUCUCAAUUUCUGACUGAUUCCCAACUUCCUGUGAAUACGCUAAAUUGUCCAAAGAUGGAAGACCCGAGUAGCCGGUAGAUUCCCUACAAAAAGGUGCACGCGAAGGUCCAAUCCAGCCAAUAGUGUGUUCAUACAUAACACAGCUGCGUCACAGAUGGACUUCCGUCUUCGAACGGCUGCCAUUCGGUGUGUGGAACCAAUGAGAAGGCGAGAUGUUUUCCUAAAGCAACCGUGACUGAAUAUGGCUGAUUUAAGGUGUUUAGAGGAAUUCCCUGCACUGUUUAGGUUAUGUCUUGAGUGUCCGCUCGUCCUUGAGGCCCUAAAUGUAUCAGAAGCAGAAACACGAGUGCACAAGAAAGAUGGCGGUCAUAGGAAAAAAAGAACAGAAGAAGUCUGCCCGCGUUGGAGCAGCUUUUUCCUCGUGACCCGUCAUGCGUUUCUUGGUGAUGGUAACACGAAUAACAAGACUGAAGAAAAAGUUUGGGUUGGAUUUUCUGUCCUGAGUGAACCUGCAGAGUUUGCUUUAAUUAAACACUUUGUUCCAGAAGAUUUUUUAACAUUAAGGAAAAAACAAAGCAGAAAAAAAAAAAAAAAAAAAGCAUUGACCACCACAGAAACUUAACGUUCACACUCACGUUCAGCUUUUCAGAUCAGUGAUUUAUUCCAAACGUCACCCGAACCAAAUAGGUUAACUCUGUUUACUUUUAGGGUUUUUUUUUUUGUUUAUGUGUAAUAUUUAUUAUGCUUGCUAUGUUUUAUAUAUAUAAGAUAUUGUUUAUAUUGUUUGCCGCCAUGAUUUGUAAAUUUCUUUUUGUGGAUGUAGUCUUAAUAAUUUCAACUUGCCAGGCAUGAAUGUGCUAUGAACCAAAAUCAUGUGUUUCCUCUUUCAGGAAUGAAUUUAAAAGUGUCUUACAAAAUAAAAAUGCUGAACUACUUUA